UUUGAUUUCUCUGGUUUUGUGGUUGACGAAUCCGUCCGUCUGAUCGAUGUUUUACGCCUUUUUUCUGUGGGAUCCUCCCUGUGUAGACGAACGCUGGAAUGAGGCGGUGCAUUCCUUCUGGUUCACUGACCGCGGAUCGCCCGGAUGAGAAUAUCCCAACAGUCACAUCCUCCCAAACCUCAUACAAUGGACGAUAUACGAUAGAGAUUGCCCCCGAUGAGACGCAAAACACUGCGCGCUCUCUUCCACCUCACCGUCCUGGGCGGUAUCUUCCUCCUCCUCUUCCUCAACCGCCCCUCCUCCACAAUCAAGACCUUCCCAUGGACGCACAUCCGCUACAAAUCCUCCUCGCCCAUCCCGCCCUCACGCGGAAGAUGCCCCGGCCUAAGCAAAACCACCAAACCAGCCCUGGUGGUCUCCCGCGUCACAGCAGACGGUGAUCCCUCCUGGCUCGACCCCCUCUCCAAAACCUACCACCUCUGCAUCUAUACCGUCGACGGUCCCAACCCCACCGCAUCCACGCUCCAAGUCCCCGCGAACCGCGGCCACGAAGCAAUGGCCUAUCUCACCUUCCUGAUAGACAACUACGACACCAUCCCACCCGCAGGGGCCGUCUUCGUACACGGCUCCCGCUUCGCCUGGCACAACGAUCACCCGGCCUACGAUAACGCCGCCCUCCUCGCCUCGCUCAAUAUCCCCGCCGCGCUGGAACAACACGGGUACCAUAAUCUCCGCUGCGACUGGAGCGUGAGCACGUGCGCCGCAUCGGCCGUGCCGCAGGGGAGUCUCGAGAAUCGCGUACAGUCUGUCCUUGAGCCGUGGAGUGCGCGCGCGGCGUCGGAUACGGCGCUGCCGGCGGCGCUGGGGUGGGGAGGGUACCUUGCUGCGAAGCUCGGGCGGAAUGAUGCGGUGCGGUCGCAGUGCUGUGCGCAGUUUGUUGUCGCGAGGAAGAAUAUCUGGCGGCAUUCGCGGGGGGAGUAUGUUGCGUUGCGGCAGUGGUUGCUUGAUGGAAAGGGGGCUGGUUCUUCGCGGCGAAGGGGAGCGGCUCCGCCGGAUGAUAGGGUUGCUGGGCGGAUUUUGUCGUAUAUUUGGCAUAUUCUGUUUAUUGAUCUGGGGGCUGGGGCUGGGGCUGGGGCUGGGGCUGGGAAUGGGGUGGAUUUGGGGCGGUUGAAUGAGCAGGCGUGCCCAAGGGCCGAUGAGUGUUAUUGUCGGUUGUACGGACGUUUGCCCAAGGAUUUGAAGUUACCUGCCGACUGGGGAGAGACCCAUUCACAUUUAUAGAAGGGAUCGAAUCGUAUGUAUAUAAU